CGGGCCCCGGCUCCGGCGCCGUCCCUCCCCCCGGGCCGGGCGCCGCGGCCCCGGCAUGAGGAGCGGGCGAUGAUCCCCGCCAACGCCUCCGCCAGGAAGGGGCCCGAGGGCAAGUACCCGCUGCACUACCUCGUGUGGCACAACCGCCACCGCGAGCUGGAGAAGGAGGUCCGCGCCGGCCAGGUGGACAUUGAGCAGCUGGAUCCUCGUGGUCGGACUCCCCUGCACCUGGCCACCACACUGGGUCACCUCGAGUGUGCCCGUGUGCUCCUGGCACACGGCGCAGACGUGGGCAGGGAAAAUCGCAGUGGCUGGACAGUGCUUCAGGAGGCUGUGAGUACCCGGGACCUGGAGCUGGUGCAGCUGGUGCUGCGGUAUCGGGAUUACCAGCGGGUGGUGAAGCGGCUGGCGGGCAUCCCCGUGCUCCUGGAGAAGCUGCGCAAGGCCCAGGACUUCUACGUGGAGAUGAAAUGGGAGUUCACCAGCUGGGUGCCCCUGGUAUCCAAGAUCUGCCCUAGUGACACCUACAAAGUGUGGAAGAGUGGGCAGAACCUGAGAGUAGACACCACGCUCCUGGGCUUUGACCACAUGACAUGGCAGCGGGGGAACCGCAGCUUCGUCUUCAGGGGCCAAGACACGAGUGCCGUGGUCAUGGAGAUUGACCAUGACCGCCGGGUGGUGUACACAGAGACGCUUGCGCUGGCCGGGCAGGACCGUGAGCUGCUGCUGGCUGCCGCCCAGCCCACCGAGGAGCAAGUGCUGAGCCGGCUCACUGCACCCGUCGUCACCACACAGCUUGACACCAAGAACAUCUCCUUUGAGAGGAACAAGACUGGUAUCCUGGGCUGGCGCAGUGAGAAGACCGAGAUGGUGAAUGGGUAUGAAGCCAAGGUAUAUGGGGCAUCCAAUGUGGAGCUCAUCACCCGGACCCGGACAGAGCAUCUUUCAGAACAGCACAAGGGCAAGGUCAAAGGCUGUAAGACACCUCUGCAGUCCUUCCUGGGAAUUGCUGAGCAGCACGGGGGCCCCCAAAAUGGGACCCUGAUCACUCAGACUCUGAGCCAAGCCAACCCUACUGCCAUCACUGCAGAAGAAUACUUCAACCCCAACUUUGAGCUUGGCAACCGUGACAUGGGCCGCCCCAUGGAAAUGACCACCAAGACACAGAAGUUCAAAGCCAAGCUGUGGCUGUGUGAGGAGCAUCCCCUGUCCCUGUGUGAGCAGGUGGCUCCCAUCAUUGACCUCAUGGCCGUCAGCAAUGCGCUUUUUGCCAAGCUCCGGGACUUCAUCACCCUGCGCUUGCCUCCUGGCUUCCCUGUCAAGAUUGAAAUCCCCAUCUUCCACGUCCUCAACGCCCGCAUCACCUUCGGGAACCUCAAUGGCUGUGACGAGCCGGUGCCGUCAGUGCGAGGCAGCCCGAGCAGCGAGACCCCUUCUCCAGGCAGCGAUUCCUCCAGCGUCAGCAGCUCCAGUUCCACGACCUCGUGCCGUGGCUGCGAGAUCUCCCCUGCGUUGUUCGAGGCCCCACGCGGCUACAGCGUGCUAGGUGGCCAGCGAGAGGCGGCGACCCGUGACGACGAUGAUGACUUGUUGCAGUUCGCCAUCCAGCAGAGCCUGCUUGAGGCGGGCAGUGAGUAUGACCAGGUCACCAUCUGGGAGGCGCUAACCAACAGCAAGCCAGGCACCCACCCCAUGUCCUACGAGGGUCGUCGACAGGACAGGAGCGCCCCGCCCACGCCGCAGCGCCGGCCUGCGCCCCCGGCGUCGGGACCCAGCCCUCUGCCCAACCCGGGCCAGAGUUCCGGCGGCCACGUGUUCCGGAGCUACGACGAGCAACUGCGGCUGGCCAUGCAGCUCUCGGCGCAGGAACAGGAGGAGAGGCGGCGGCGCGCGCGCCAGGAGGAGGAGGAGCUGGAGCGCAUCCUGAGGCUCUCCUUGACUGAGCAGUAGCGCCCCCUGCCGGGCACCUUGCCCACACCACGUGCGACCAUCCCCGGGCCCCCAUUGAGGCCCGCCCCAGCCCGCGCGCCUGCCCAGCUGCAGCUGGUGACUGGAGUCACCGCCUUGCGGGUGAAGCAGCGCACCAGGCAUGGAACCGGGGAGGGUUUCGGCACCGGCACGGGGUACCUUUCCAGGUCAGGGCCCUGGAGGCAGCUGGCACGGCCCGGUCCCCCUGCUUUGCUGUAUCCUGACCCCCAACCCGCUCGCCUGGGCUGGAUCUAUCCAAGGGCGGAGCGAGGUCUUGAAGGGGAGUCGAAUCCUUAGAGGAGCAUUGUCUCCAUCCCUUGCUCCUUCUGGCCUGUCCUCCUCUCUGUUCACUGACCCCUUUCCAGGACACUGCCCCUUAAGCCUUGCAUCUCCGCUCUUCACCCCUGGGGGGCAGCUGAGCUUCCCGCGUGCUGUGUCGCUGCUUUGUCCCAGACACAAACCAGCACGUCAAGGGCCCAGCCCCUCCCCCACCCCGGCAUUUCAGCGUCAAGUGCACUUAGCGGGGUGCCCGGCUCCCCCAGUUCCCACACCCGUCCUGAGUCUCAGGGUGGUCCCAGUUUUUCCUCGGGCAGUCAGAAGUUGGAGUCUCCUUCUCCAAGGCACGUUUUUGUGAUCAGGGAGUGUGUCCAAGUUGGCCCCGUGGCCUGGGCAAGUCCUGACUCCCCCAUGGUGCCUUGGAGAGUGGGGGGCGUAUUGGUCUGGGGGCAAGUACUAGAUCCUACACUAGAGUGGCUACAAAGGGGUCGCCCAGGGCCCUAGCACCACCACCCACCCCUUCCCACCAGCUGCUGCUAGCCCUCUAUGGUGUGCAUCCCACUUGCCCCCACCGAGGGGCUGACUCUAAAACCCUUCAUCCAAUGGUGCUAACCCCCUGGCUCUCCCCUGCCCCAACUCACCCACCCAGAGAAGCACAGACCCCGCCAGGGGCAGGGGCCCACCGCACACCCUUGUCUCGGGCCUCUCGGACUGGCCUUCCCGGAUCAGCCAGUGAGGCUCAGAAGGGACACAAAACAGGGAAGGAAGAAAACAACAGGAGAAACUGCUCCUCCCACCCCUUCCAUGAUGCCAGGGGCACCAGACUGACUCUGAGGCACAAAUAAAGAGGCUUCAAACCGGAGGUUUUUCCUACCUGGCUUUACUGGGGAGGAACACCCACGGUGCGGGCUGUGGGGGGGGGGUGUCUUUGUGAACCUCAGUGUGGGGAGGGCUCUAGGAUAAGAGGCUACCUGAUGGACCCCAAGUCCAGAGUUGUGUUUGCCAGAUUCCCCAGGAGCUUGGGGGUAGCAAUUGCAGAGGCUGGGGGUACUUGCUCCCCCUACUCCCCCACCUAUGCAGGAGGCACAGACUGAGCACUUAAUAAAAUAUUUCAUUCAGUA